AUGAACUCUGGAUCUAUUGGCAAGGAUGAUGUCGAGAUCGUCGACACACCUUCACACAUCGAGACUCUUCCUAAGCCCUCUCAUGUUACCGAGAUUGGAACGUUCCGUGUAGUUGGCUUGAAUCCUGAAGAUGAAGAGUUUUAUACGACUUAUCCAGAAGAGAAGCGGAAGAAGGUCUUCCACAAGGUGGACAUUCGUUUGGUUCCGAUGUUAGCAGUCUUGUACUUGAUCAGUCACAUUGAUCGAGCCAAUAUCGGCAACGCCAAGAUCGAGGGCAUGGUUGAGGAUUUGAAGAUGAGCGGGAUACAAUACAACACUGUGCUCUCCAUCUUCUUCAUUCCCUACGUCCUGCUUGAAGUCCCUAGCAACAUCUUGCUAAAGAAGUUCAAGCGCCCAUCUGUAUACCUCGGUCUUCUCGUCCUCAGCUGGGGUAUUGUCAUGACUUGCACAGGCUUGGUUCAGAACUUUGCGGGUCUUAUGGUCACCCGAGUUCUGCUUGGUAUCUUCGAGGCUGGCUUUUUCCCCGGUGCUAUCUAUCUCUGCUCCUACUGGUACAUGCCAAAAGAGCUAGCACUCCGUAUCUCAUACUUCUACUGCGCAAGCGCCUUGUCCGGUGCCUUUUCCGGUCUUCUUGCCGCUGGUAUUGCCAGGAUGGACGGAAUCGGCGGUCUGGAAGGAUGGCGUUGGAUCUUCAUCCUGGAAGGUCUUGCUAGUGUGGUCCUAGGCGUCGCUUGUUUCUUCAUGCUUAUCGACACUCCUGCGCUGUCUCACCGCUGGCUGAACGAAGAAGAGAUUCGCUACUUGGAGCUUUCCAUGUUCAUCAAGCAGGGUGGAACCAGCAGUGAUGAAUCCGGUGGCUUCAAGUGGAGAGACUUGACAAUGGUAUUGACCAACUGGCGAGUCUAUGUGCAAGCCUACUUUUUGCUGUGCCAGUCCGCAUUGUCAUAUGGCACCAAAUUUACUCUCCCCACAAUCACCAAAUCCAUGGGCUUCAGCUCCACCAACGCCCAACUCACCUCUGCUCCUCCGUACGUCGCCGCCGCUAUCUCAGCCAUCUGCUUCGCCCGAGUGUCCGACCACUACUAUUGGAGAAUGCCAUUCGUGGCAAUUCCCAUGCUCAUUGUUGUGACGGCCUAUGCCAUCAUCUUCUCCCUGGAUGGCGAACUUGAAGCAAAGAAAGGUGUGGCAUACUUUGCCGUCGUCCUAGCUGUCAUUGGUAUCUACCCCAUUCAAGCGGCCGCCGCCUCUUGGAAUGCAAACAACAUUGCCCCAUCGUCGCGACGAGCUAUCGGUAUUGCGCUGAUGAACUGUGUUGGAAACAUCGGUGGUAUUCUCGGUAGCUUCAUGUAUAUGGAGAAGGAGAGCCCCCGGUAUGAGACCGGCUUUGGUCUCAGCAUGGCUCUUGGCGGGUUUGGAUUCUUCGUUGCUUUGUUCCUGGAGUGGAGCUACAAGGUUGGCAAUGCCAAGAAGGACAAGCUUGCGGAUGAGGCGAGGGUCAAGUAUACGGAGGAUGAACUGUUUGACUUGGGAGAUAGAUCUCCGCUGUUCAAAUACGUUUUGUAA